AUGGGUCUCAAACUCGUAAUUGGCUCGUUUUGUCUGCUCUAUGCUUGCCACAAGUUCGUUGGUUUCUGGAGGGCUAUUCAGUCCAUCAAAAAUCAUCCUGGCCAUCGUUUAAUUUUCUCCCUCGACAAUAUCAUCGGCUCCUUGUUGCCUAAGAUCAAAUAUCUAUCUCUGGGUCGAAAUUCAGCCUUCCUGGGCAAACAUGACCCUUUUGUGCUAUUUGGCAGUGACAUAUAUUCUGUAGUUUCUAUCAGUAACAAUAUCCAGACAACCUUUGUACUCGCCGAUGCAGCAGCAAUCAAGGAAGUUGCAUACUCGCGUGCGCGGUUCCCAAAACCCGUUCACCACUAUAAAGCCCUCACUUUCUAUGGCCGAAAUAUCGUCGCUUCCGAAGGAGAUGAAUGGAAGACAUAUCGAAAAAUAUCUGCUCCUGCUUUCUCCAAUAGGAACAAUAAAUUGGUUUGGGACGAGACUUUGCAAAUAAUGGAAGGUCUCUUCGCUGAAGUCUGGGAGAACAAAGAUGUCAUCAGCGUCGAUCACUUCUUGGAGACUACAAUGCUUCUGGGGAGUGGACGUUUUGGGAAGAAGAUCUCAUGGACAGAGGACGGCGUUACGAUGGCUCCGGGUCACCAGAUGUCUUUCAAGGAGGCCCUCCAUGUAGUCACGACAAACUUCAUUAUAAAAAUCGUCGUUCCUAAAUUGUCUUCCGGUGAGCAGAAGCCCGAGUUCUCAAAUAUCACAUCGCCGAAGCAAACGAUACAGACGUACGAGAAUAUGCCGCAGCUAACGUAUUGCCUAGCGGUAUUCUACGAAGCAUUGCGACUCUUCCCUCCUGCUACCACCAUCCCUAAAAUCUCUGCUGAAGACACUACUCUGACAACUGUGGAUAUCAAUGGCGGCCGGGUCAACGUGCCUGUCCCUAAAGGAUGCCAUGUCUCUUUAUCUGCUGUUGGCCUUCAUUAUAACCCUCGUUAUUGGGAAGAUCCACAUGCCUUCAAACCUGAGCGCUUCCUGGGAGUUUGGCCACGUGAUGCAUUCCUGCCUUUCAGUUCAGGUGCACGAGCAUGUCUGGGGAAAAAAUUUGCUGAGACGGAAGGAAUAGCUAUCUUGACCAUGCUCAUCUCACGCUACAAGAUCACGAUCAAGGAAGAAGCGUCGUUCGCAGGGGAGACGUUUGAAGAACGAAAGGAACGAGUGCUUUCCACACGAAGAGGAAUGACAAUCACUCCCGUUCGCAUGCCCUUGACGUUUACUCGCCGGACAUGA